GUUACAGGUAUCCCAUAAACACAACCUCAAAAAGACAAGUGUGAUAUAUAUAUAUAUGGAAAAACACUAAUUAUAUUUCAGAUAUUGUCGACAAUAAAACUGUUCCUUUGAAUAUACAAUACCAAUAUAAAUCUUAGUACAAUACAAAUUAUUGAAGACGUAUUUUGCUGUAUGUAAUAACAACUGAUCGAGACAGUAAAAAUGAGAAUAAGAAGAUGGAACAUUAGAGAACUGAAAGUCAACAGAUUUCGAUUCUUAAUUGGGUUGGUAUGUGGCAUUGUUCUCCUAGAAGUUAGUCAAUUUAAGAAGCUCAUUAUCAAUUCGAACUGGGUAAUUGAUGUUCCUGCUUUAGAAAAAGUAGUAUAUGACAUGCAAUCCAAUGUGAGUUCGAAUGUCAAACCGAUGAACAACUUCGAUGAGGCAUAUAUCUACAAAAUUAAUCCUGCCGAUUCAAUGUGUGAUAAUUCAAAUUGUGAUUCCUUGCAAAUGAUCUUAAUUGUAAAAUCAUAUGUGUUUAACUUUGGUCAACGUGAAGCUAUACGUAGGACAUGGGGAAGCACGCCAAAACUUCGAUCCAAAACUGUAUUUAUCGUUGGAUACGCUGAUGGUCUUGACAAAUUUGUAAAACACGAGUCUACACAUAACAACGAUAUUAUUCAGCUGGACAUGCCAGAUCAGUAUGAAAAUGAAGUUUAUAAAACAAUUUAUUCUAUCCUGUGGUUAAGUCGUGUCAAUUUAAAACCUGAGUUCGUCUUUUUUGUAAAUGACGACCGAUUAGUUAAUCCAAUGAACAUUUACUAUGUCGCAACAAAUAAUAUGUAUUCAACAGAUUCACUUAUGUUGGGAUAUAGAUUGUCUUUUUCGAGAGCAAGCAGAGAUAACAGUGCUAGACAUUACAUUUCUCCAGAAGACUACCCUUUUGUUUUUUUCCCACCAUAUAUAAUAGGAGGAAAUAUCUUGACAAAUAUCAAAACUAUAAAGAUUUUAGCCAUUGCAGUAGCCUUUAUAAAAGUUAUUCCAGUAGAAGAGGCAUAUAUCGGGAUAGUCGCAAAAUCAGCCAAUAUCAAAUUGAAACAUUAUAGUGGGUUUUUACCAUUUAAAGAAUCACUUUCUGUUCUAAGAAAGGCUGUUUCCUCUCCUGGUUAUGAGGCAACAUACCUUUUAAUACGAGACUGGGGGUUGUUGCAUGAGGACAAUGCACGCGAUAGCAAUAAAUUAUGAAAAUAAAAUUUACUUUUGUUUUAACACGGAAGAUACACUACAACACUUUUUUAUACAAUAUUAUAUGCCAGUUUUUUUUUAUAUAGAGAACCAAGGAUUAAUUGGAGGUCGUUUUUAUAGUUGUAUUAACUUAGUUACACCUAUAGAAGACCUCUGUCAAUGUAGAGCUAACCACAUCGAUAAACCCUCAUUAUAUACACCUGUAUUCGUUUUGUUUUUCGUAUACGGAAAAGAAUUUACACUUUAUUCGUUAGUGAUAAUACAAUCUAUUUUAUUGAAGAAUUAUUUCAUGUUUAAUCACGCAGGUUUAUAUAUCUAAAAAAAAUAUAAAGUCUAAGAUUCUUUUUCAAUGAAUUAUGUUUCCAAUAUUGGAGUUCUAUGACUGUAGAAUUCAAACAAAAGAAAGUAUAAUUGAUUAUCAACAUUGGUUCGAUGCAUCCAUACGAC